UGUCUGUCCACACUCUCAUCCCUCUCUUAUUGUCUAGGAUGGGGCAGUCUGAAUCUAGACCACCCUCUCCUGCACCCACCUGUGUGUCUAUGAAGAGUGACCGGUCCAUGGGUCGCCCCAUUCAUUUUAAAGGAGGAGACUCUUCACCUCAACACUCAACCCGGCGUAAGGAAUCCCACUCUUCCAGUCAACCAGAACCCAGCCAGCUUUAUGAUCACAGACAGCAACUUGAUCACCUGCAGGAAAUGCAGCAGAUCCACAAGUCUCAUCUGCAGAAGAGGUUUCAGUGUCUGAUUGAGGGCAGCAUAGAGCAGGGAAACUCCACAGAACUGAAUAAGGUAUACACAGAUCUCUACAUCACAAAGGGGUGGAGGGGAGAGGUCAAUAAUGAACACGAGGUCAGACAGAUUGAGAGAGCAUCCUGGAGAGAGGAGAAAUUAGGCAGACCAAUCAAAUGCAGUGCCGUCUUUGAACCUGAAUCUGGACAAGACAAACCUAUUAGAUCAGUGCUGACUAAGGGAGUGGCUGGCGUCGGAAAAACGGUCUCUGUGCAGAAGUUCAUUCUGGACUGGGCUGAAGGGAAAGCCAAUCAGGAUGUCCACUUCAUAUUUCCCUUUCUUUUCCGGGAGCUGAACCUGAUGAAGGAGAAGAAACUCAGUCUAGUGGGUCUUAUCCAGCACUUUUACCCCAAGAUAAAAGCAGAAGAAAUACUCACCAGUUCAAAGCACAGAGUACUGUUCAUCUUUGAUGGUCUGGAUGAGUGGCGAAUUCCUCUGCAGUUCAACCACAGCUCAAAGUGUUGUGAUGUGACAGAGCAGGUUUCAGUCAACAUGUUGCUGACAAACCUCAUCCAGGGGAAUCUGCUUCCCUCUGCUCUCCUCUGGAUCACCACCCGACCAGCAGCAGCCAGUCAGAUCCCUCAGAAGUGUGUGGACCAGGUGACAGAAAUAAGGGGAUUCAACAAUCCACAGAAAGAAGAGUACUUUGGGAAGAGAAUCAGUAAUGAGAAUCUGGCCAGCCGAAUCAUCAGCCACCUGAAGUCAUCCAGGAGCCUCUACAUCAUGUGCCACAUUCCAGUCUUCUGCUGGAUUGCAGCCUUUGUUGCAGAGAGAACAUCAGAAGAAUCAGACAAAGCUGAAAUGCCAAGGACUAUGACUCAAAUGUACAGCCGCUUUCUCAUUAUUCAGACUAGCAUUAAAAAAGGCAAAUACACAGAAAGAAAAGAGAAAGAAGAAGAGAUCAUUUUCAAACUGGGGAAACUGGCCUUUCAGCAGCUGGAGAAGGAUAACCUGAUCUUCUAUGAGGAAGACCUAAGAGAGGCUGGCAUCGAUGUCACAGAAGCAUCAGUUUACUCAGGAGUAUGUACUCAGAUCUUCAGAGAGGAGAAGGAUGUUUCCCAAGCAAAGGUGUCCGUGUUCAGCUUUGUACAUCUGAGCAUCCAGGAGUUCCUGGCAGCAUUAUAUGUGUUUCUCUGCUUCAGCAACAGAGAGGGAAACAUGUCUGACCAACAGCAAACCUCUCAGCUCUCUGCUCUGUUCAGAGCUGCAACACUUCAUGACUUGCACAAGACUGCAGUGGAUCUGGCCUUACAGAGUAGGAAUGGGCACCUGGACCUUUUCCUCCGCUUCCUUCUGGGCCUCUCACUGGAGUCCAAUCAGAACCUCCUAAAACGCCUACUGCCAAAGACCAGUAGCCAAUCACAGAGCUCAGUGCAGACAGUCCAGUGUGUCAAAGAGAAGAUCAGAGGUGAGAGUAGUUCAGACAGAAGGAUCAACUUGUUCUACUGCCUGAAUGAGCUGAAUCAGCAUGCUGUAGUGGAGCGCAUUGACAGGAAGGAAGGACAGCUGUCUGUAGAGAUGCUCUUACCAGGAGAGUGGGAGACUGUGACAUUUAAACUCACAAUGUCAGAAGAGCAGCUGGGUGGGUUUGACCUGCAGAAAUACAUACAGACACCAGAGAAAGACCAGACUGAACUCCUCAGCCCUGAUGAUGUUCUUCAGAAGCUGGUGCCAGUGGUCACAACAUCCACCAAGGCAGUGUAAGUAACACUGUGUGUGUGUGUGUGUGUGUGCGUGUGUGCGUGUGUGCGUGUGUGUGUGUCGGGCAUCGUAAGUAACACACUGUUGCUGUCUUUAGGUGUGAUUUAAUUCUGCCUGCACAUUAAACACACACGCACACACACCGAGGCAGUGUAAGUAACACACUGUGUUGCUC